AUGGUAUUCAACUUUCGGAUUUAUGUAUUAGAUGCCAAUGACAACAUAUAUGACCCGGAAUUUGACUCAUUUGGAGAAGGUGUAGCAGAAUAUGUACAAGUAGGUGACAUGGACGAGGUGAAAGAGGACCUUUUGAAUAGAAGAUUCAAAUAUAGAGGCAUAAUGGAUUAUGCUAUAUUACGAGGACCGUUCAUGUACGAAAUACAUAAUUAUGAAUUUGCAUUUGAUGCUUUUUACGUCGAAGAUUGCGAGUAUCCAGUAGACAUAAUACUGAAUCAUAAUGGUAAAGGUAGCUUUUUAGAUAAUAUUAAAAAAGCAGGAUGGGUGAAUAACGAGUCAAAUGGAAAAUUCGACACAUUAAGAAUAUUCACGUAUAAUGGCCAAAGGUUAUCAAUCGAACAUCCGCAGAUAAAAUACAUAGAUGUAAGCAACGAGGAAGAUAUUAAACACAAUUUAUUAUACCGUGGGCUCGAGCUAAACACUUACAUAAUAUUAGAUGAAGAUAUAAAGAUCAAAGAUAAAUCGAUGGGCUACAAGAGCCAUAAAUUGAUCACUGAAAAGGAAAUAGAAGACAGGUGGGAGGACAUAAUAGCAGAUAGAUAUGAUGUCGAAGAUAAGACCAUUAUUGUAUUCACAAUUGAUACGAAGUUUGCAGACCACAAUAACUUCAAGAGCGUACCGGUUUCAAAUGUAGAAGAGAUGAAGGAAACGUUCAAGAAAUUAUACAGAGAAGCAGAGGAUCCAUAUACUUUUCAAAGAGGUUACUGUUACUUGGUAAUACCUGAUGAAGAAAUUAGACUCUAUAAUGCAUACAAGUACAGGUAUGACUGGAUGGAGGUGGAUACUAUUCAAAAUAUGGGAUUCUCUGAAUAUCAUGAUUUGUUUCGUGAAAUGAGUCGGUACCAUGUGGUUAUGCAUGACAAUAAAAUAAGAAUCUUCGACGGCUUUGAUUAUGUGACCGUGGACGAGUAUAAGGGUUUAAAAUACUACCAAAUCAAAGAUUUGUUUAGAGAACAUCGUCAUGGAAACAAUGCCACUUUGCGCUAA